UGGCAAUGGCUAAGAAUCUUGAAGCUGCUAGAAAUUUACUCAAGGCAAGUUUAGACAAGUCUAAACAAGUUGGUAUUGAGUUAGAUGAAACCGGGUCAAGAUUGAGAGAAAUCAACCAAAGAUUAGUUCCUUUAGAAGUUGAAUUUAGAGAGGUUUAUAACCAUAGAACAACAUAUGUUAGAGUAAAGAAUCAAGUUGAUUGUGUCAUUGGUCCUAUAGCUGCAAUUCCAAGAGUUUAUAAGGCUAUUAUCGAGCUUGAAAAGGCGAUCGCCUUUUCUGAGCCUCAUACCGAGCUCUUUUCUUACCUUUUUCUCAUUAGAAGGCUUGAAGAAGGACUAAAGUUUCUUGGCAGCCACAGCUUGCUAGCGAUUCGGUGGCUUGAAGGUGUUUUUGAGCUCUUUGAAGGGGACGAGCUCCUGAUGAAUUUGAAAGACUCUUCGGGGGUGUUGAAGAAAUUACAUGGAAUGGAAGAGAGUUGUCAUAUCCAAGGAGGGUUGCUCUCUAAUGCCUUAGACAAGCUUGAAAUUGAGUUGGGAAAGCUUUUUGCAUUGACAUCUUCAUUGGGAGAGAUUCAUGCCAUAAUGGAGAGGUUAAAGGCGAAUGGAAGACUUGAAAAGUGUGUAUCUUUGUUUGUCGAAAUUAGGGUUUCAAUUGCUAAAAGGAGAUUACAAGCUCUUGGUUUGGAUUAUCUUGAUGAUGUUAAGAUAUCAAAUAAUGUUGAGAUUUACAUUGAACAAUGGAGUAAGGAUUUGGAGUUGGCUUUGAAACAAAUUUUUGAUCAUGAGUACAAACUCAGCAAAAAGGUUUUCGAAAAGAUUGGAUCGAAUAUUUGGAUGACUUGUUUCGCAAGAAUUUCGAUUGAAUCGGGAAUCCUUUCUUUCAUUCAAUUUGGAAAUGAAGUUGCCAACAUGAAAAAUGAUCCCAUCAAACUCCUAACCCUUCUAGACAUUUUCAAAGUCUUAAACAAUCUAAGAAUGGAUUUCAACCGGCUCUAUGGGAGCUCAGCCUGCAUUGAAAUCCAAAACCCGACAAGGGAUCUUGUCAAGAGACUUGUUGAAAAUGCUUAUGACAUAUUCCAACAACUCCCUUUUCAAGUAGGGUCACAAAGGCAAUUUUCGCCUCCUCAAGACGGGAGUGUUCCAAGGCUUGUGAAAUUCAUAACAAACUAUUGUAACCAACUUCUUGGAGAGGAUUACAAGGCAACUUUGAUUGAAGUCUUAACCAUAAAUCAACAAUGGAAACAAGAAAUCUAUGAAGAAAAUCUUCUCUCAAUCCAAUUCCACAACAUAAUGAAGGAAAUCGGGUUGAAUUUAGAUUCAUGGUCAAAGGCCUACUCAGACACUUCACUCUCAUACCUUUUCAUGAUGAACAACCAUUGUCAUUUCACCAAUCUAAGAGGAACAAAUCUUGGUGAUAUGAUGGGAGAAACUUGGUUAACAUCACAUGAUCAAUACAAGGAUUACUAUGCAACAUUGUACUUUAAGGAAACAUGGGAAAAAACACUUCUUCCUCUUCUAACCCAAAAAGGUACUACCAGCCUAAUUUCGGUUUCAAUUAGUAGGUUAAAGGCUUUCAAUGAGGCAUUCAAAGAAAGCUAUGAAAAGCAAUCGAAUUGGGUGAUUUCGGAUGAAAACUUGAGGCAAAAAAUGAGAGGGAUUUUAGUUGAGAAAGUUGUAACAACUUAUAGGUGUUACAUACAGAGUUACAAGGCCUUGGUUGAGCAAGAUUCUAGUGCUGGUAAGUAUGUUAAGCAUACCGAAAACAGUUUAGAGAGUAAGCUAAGUUCUUUGUUUCAACCAAAGCUAGCUACUACUAAGUACUCUUCUUCUUCUUCUUCCAACAACAACAACAAACAUGUUCAUUUAAUUGGUAAACUUAAGAAUGUUGUUACUAAUCAAUUAAGGUUUACUCUUACUGCUAUGUAAAAAAAAAUGCAGUUAUUAAUGUAUUUUAUUGCUCUGUACUUAACAAAUGUAGUGAAAAUUUUGUUAAGUACUUCAAUUUAUGAUUAAAAUUUAGUUAUGUUGUUUUUAAUGAGUUGUACUUAGUCAUUUUCAGAAACAAUAUCACCUUUAUUAUAAAAAAA